AUGAUUGGUCGUUCAUUUCACUCAAGUUCUGCUAUUCUCCAUCGGUAUCGCUCGAUAUGUCGUGAUCUAUUUCACUCCUGUCCAUCACUCUUUAUAUAUCUGAUAUAUUUACGCUUAACUGAUCAAAUCAUUAUCUAUCUAUCUAUCUAUCUAUCUAUCUAUCUAUCUAUCUAUCUAUCUAUCUAUCUAUCUAUCCCAGUCUGUUCAUGUCUAUCUCAGUCUGUUCAUAUUUAUCUAUAUAUCUAUCUUAGUCUGUACAUAUAUAUCCCAGUCUAUUCAUAUCUAUCUAUAUAUAUGUAUCUCCGCCUGUUCUAUCUAUCUAUCUAUCUAUCUAUCUAUCUAUCUAUCUAUCUAUCUAUCUAUCUAUCUCAGUCCGUCUAUGUAUCUAUGUCUGUCCAUAUGUAUCUAUCUUUUGUUCAUAUCUAUCCCAAUCUAUCUAUCUAUCUAUCUAUCUAUCUAUCUAUCUAUCUAUCUAUCUCAACCUGUUCAUAUCUAUCUAUCUAUCUAUCUCAACCUGUUCAUAUCUAUCUAUCUAUCUAUCUCAUAAAUUUAUUUCUAUUUUCGUGUCUAUCUAUAUAUCUAUCUCACAAUCUAUCUAUUCAUCUAUUUAUCUCUUCGUAUCUAUCUCAAUCUAUGUCUAUUUUUUAUAAUCCUGUCCAUAUCUAUCUAUCUAUCUAUCUAUCUAUCUAUCUAUCUAUCUAUUUAUUUAUGCGUAUAUAUCUAUAA